CGGGGCCGGUGAGGGAGCGGCCGCCAUGGCGGGCCCGGCGCUGCGCGCGCUGCCCAGGCUGAGGGCACUGAACAGACUGCAAGUAAUAUUACAGCAUUUGAAAAUGUCUAAGCAGACAGAUUCUGCAGCAGAAGUGUUGUUGGAAAAGAAAGGAGCUGCAGGAAUAAUAACUUUGAAUAGACCCAAGGCUCUCAAUGCACUAAAUCUGUCUAUGAUCCAACAAAUUUACCCUCAAAUAAAGACGUGGGAGCAAGAUCCUGAAACUUUUCUAAUAAUUAUAAAGGGAACUGGAGGAAAAGCCUUUUGUGCUGGAGGUGACAUCCGAGCCAUCACAGAAGCGGGGAAAGUUGGAGAUAAACUGUUACAAGAUUUCUUCAGAGGAGAAUAUAGGCUGAACAAUGCCAUUGGCACCUGCAAGAAGCCAUAUGUGGCACUUAUUGAUGGCAUCACAAUGGGAGGGGGAGUUGGUGUCUCAGUCCAUGGCCAUUUUCGAGUUGCUACAGAAAAGACUGUUUUUGCCAUGCCAGAAACAGCAAUAGGCCUUUUCCCCGAUGUAGGUGGAGGGUAUUUCUUGCCAAGGCUCUCAGGAAAGCUUGGCUAUUACCUCGCGCUGACAGGAUGCAGGCUGAAGGGAAGGGACGUGCUCAGAGUUGGCAUCGCUACGCAUUUUGUAGAAUCUGAGAAGCUACCUGCCUUGGAGAAAGACCUGAUAGCACUGAAAUCUCCUUCAAAAGAAAAAAUUGCAGAUUUAUUGAACUCUUACCACAUGAAGUGCACAAUUGAUCAAGAAAAGGAGUUUGCUCUUCAUGAACAUAUGGAGAAGAUUAACAGUCUUUUUUCAGCAAAUAGUAUGGAAGAAAUUGUUAAAAAGUUAAAGCAAGAUGGUUCUCCUUUUGCCAUGAAGCAGCUAGAGACUAUUAAUAAGAUGUCACCUACAUCUUUAAAGCUGACUCUCAGACAGCUCAGAGAAGGAGCUUCCAUGAGCUUACAGGAGGUACUCCGGAUGGAAUACAGACUGAGCCAAGCAUGCAUGAAAGGCCAUGACUUCUACGAAGGGGUUCGAGCAGUGCUGAUUGACAAAGACCAGUCCCCCAAAUGGAAGCCAGCUGCUCUAGAAGAAGUCAGCGAUGAAUUUGUGGACAAU